AGAUCCUUGAGAUGGACUCGCCAGCACGACACCUUCAAAUGGCAAUUCGAAAAAUUGCAUUGCUCUCCAGGAGUUUUGAUGGCUCCGCGGAAUCUAUAAAUAUUAUUCAAUCAAUUGUGAAUAAUUUUGAUUCGCGGAUUUUUCAACGCCUAAUACCUGGUCGGAUAUCUCGCGUCAUACAAACAUUACGCAAAGAAACGUCAGGAAUUCGAUAUGCAGACGUAUACCAGGACGAUUAUUGCCACGUCAACACUUUUGGACUUUUAAAAUCCGGACUAAAAAUCCCGCUUCACGACCAUCCCAACCAGCACGCCGUCAUGAAAGUCUAUCAAGGAUCCGUGAAAAUUCGAUCAUUUUCGAUUAUCGAUUGCGAUGAAAGUGAUGAUGAUGAUGAGGGGGGUGGAGCAGCGAGCAGCAGCUCGGCGAGCCCCGUACGAGUACGAUAUGAGGGAGAAAUUGUGCUCUCCAGUGGCUCGGAGCAGCAACAUUCGGCGGUUUUGGGUCCGAGAAAUGGAAACAUCCACGAAGUGACGUCACUGGAACCGCACACCUAUUUUUGCGAUUUUUUCAUCGCAAACUCACCGAAUUGCAAUUAUUAUCGAGUUGACGAGUCAUCGGAACCCCUCGUCGCCGGAAAAUCAGCAAUUUUGAACAGAAUUCGAUGUCCCAGCGAUUUCUAUUGUGAUAUUAUGGAUUUCCCGUCAUUUGAGAAAUUUGAUUGAAACAUUUUUUUGGAAAAUUUUGUUAAUUUUUAAUAUUUCUCGCCCACCAUAAUCUACUUGCCACGUGUGUGUAACAAUAAUUGAUACAAAAAACCCCAAAUUUGACCAAUUUUUUUUGAAUUUUUCAAACAUUUUAAUGUACAGACCUUAUAUAAAUCAUAUAUUUUUGUUUUAUAA